AAAAGUUUAAUCAGAAAGUGAAAGAACAUUGAAAACCAGUUCUGCACAGUGGCAGUCUGCUCUUAAAAAUCAACAUGAGUGCCGUUUUAUCCAGCCUUACUAUAGAGCAAAGGAAGAAGCUGCGCUCUAUGUUUCAUAGAAGCAAACUGAGCCUGUUGUUCAAAGCCAGUGUGCAUGGGUAUCACUCUGCGUACUUUCAUCAGAAGUGUGACAGGCAGGGACCCACUGUCGCUGUGGCUUACAAUAACUCAGGCUAUGUAUUCGGAGCAUUCACUAAUACCGAUUACGCUCAGACAGAGACAAAUGUAGUGGACAACAAAGCCUUCCUGUUUAGCUUCAAUGACAGAAUGGGUAAUGCAGAUCCCCUGCGUGUGUUCAGUGAAAAUCCCCAGUUCACUUUCCAUGACGGAAAUACUGGUCCAAAUUUUGGAUCUUUGUUUUUCAUCUAUAAUAAUACGGCCACAGUCUACAGCAAUCCUGGACAGUACUUCCAGUUUGAUCCAAUGCAGAUGCAUGGGAAUAACUUAAAUCUGACCGAGUUCGAGGUGUACAGAGUUGAAGACUAUGGAGAUAUUAUGGAUAAACCAUGGAGAAAUGUCCAGUGGACUCCUGAGCGCAGAAAGGAAAUCUCUUGCUCUGUUUCUGAGUGGAAACCUUCUGUUAGCUCAGUGAAACAAGCCCGGAUUUUAAUGGUGGGCCCUGUUGGUGCCGGCAAAUCAAGUUUUUUCAACUCCAUCAACUCUGUAUUUAAAGGUUAUGUGAGCACUCAGGCCAACACUGGCAUUGCCAGCUCCAGCUUGACUACUCAGUUUCGUACCUAUCGCAUCAAGGCAGGCAAGGAAAACUUUCUUCCCAUGAUGCUGUGUGAUACAAUGGGACUGGAAGAAGGUGUGAAUGCUGGAAUGGAUAUAGAUGAUUUCACCAAUAUUCUGAAGGGCCACAUUCAGGACAAGUAUCAGUUUAAUCCAUCAGCGCCUCUGCAAGACGAUUCCCCCCAUUUCCACAAAAGUCCCAGCCUCAAGGAUGCGAUUCACUGCGUUGUCUACGUGAUAGACACCUGCAAAGUUAAAAUCCUGUCGAAAAAAAUGAUAGAGAAGUUUGUGAUACUUCGCAAAAAAGCCAACCAGCUGGGUAUCCCACAGCUGGUGCUGUUGACAAAGGUAGACGAGGCUUGUCCCUUAGUGACAGCAGAUCUGAAAAAUGUCUACCAGAGUCACUACAUCAAGAGAAUGAUGCAAGAGGUGUGUGGUAAAAUUGGAGUUUCUCUGUCUGCUGUUGUCCCAGUGAAGAACUACAGCGAGGAGGUUGAGUUGGAUCCUGAUACGGACAUCUUGCUUUUGAAUGCCUUAAAUCAUAUUCUCAGAGCUGCUGAAGGAUACUUUGAUAAUCAGUGUGAAGAUGCAGUAUCUGUUUAGACAGCUUUAAGAAGACAUUUAAGGAAAGAAAACACAUAUUAAUAAAUGCUUUGCAACUAAAAUAAGUUGUUAAUAUUAGGUAUUCCACAAUUAUUUUCUCCAGAUGGACAAAAAAGGUGCUACAUGAUUUCAUAGAAAAAACACAUUUGUGGCUGUAUGGUUUGCAAAGAAACUUUCUGUUGAAGUUUCUUUGUAGUAAAAAAAGUUUGAAAACUUUAUAAAAGCUAAGAAAUAGCUCUCGAGGGAUCCUUUGACUGAAUGGUUCUUUGAAAAACCUGUGCUUUUUAUGGCAUCGCAGUCAAAAAUCUUUUGCACCACCUUUAUUUUUAAGAGUCUAACAUAUAAUGAUGCCUUUUUGCUAAUUAGAUGCUGCUAUUGCUACCUUAAAUGUGUUCGGAUAUAAUAGUCUUAAUGUUAACAAUGUUUGAGAUUCAAUCUCUUUGUUUACAAAGAUUAAUAAAUGAUAAAGUGCAA